CCAGCCCCGGGUGCUGAGCUCGCCGCUAUAAAUAGCAGGUUACAGCUUCUGCUUGGGCGCACACGCUCUCACUGGAGAACGCAGGAAAGUCAUCCUGAAAAGUGUCUGCCGCUGCUAUCGCCCCCUACUCAGCCUCUGCAAGAGAACCCAAAGAAAUGGUAUCACCUGGCAAGAGAUCUGCCGUGUUUUAUGAAAAAUCAACCCAAGAGCCCUAAAAUCAGUGAAACAAUAAUCAAAGAUCCACGGCAUUGAAGAAUACAACAUAUAUCAGAAUUUCACAGUGGAAUAUUUGAUCGUUAAUGUGAAGAUACACCAACGUUAAACCGGAACUCAUUGUCUAGUAUCAUUGGAAAAGACACCGUGGAGAAUAAGUCAGUUGUGAGGUGGAUCAUGGAAAUCAAAGAGGAAGGAACAUCAGAAGAAGGCCAGCAUUUUCUUCCUGCAGCUCAGGCAAAUGACCCUGAGGACAUUCAGUUUACCAGCAUCCAGAAGAUUCCCAAUGAGCCACAGCUGGAAUUCAUUCUCGCCUGCAAGGAUCUUGUGGCUCCUGUCAGUGAUCGGAAACUGAAUACAGUUGUACAGAUCUCAGUAAUCCACCCGGUGGAGCAGACCCUGACGAGGUACUCCAGCACAGAAAUUGUGGAGGGAACAAAAGACCCACUGUUCCUGACGGGUGUCACAUUCCCCUCCGACUACCCCAUCUAUGAAGAGACGAGAAUAAAACUGACAGUCUAUGAUGUCAAGGAUAAGUCUCAUGAUACUAUUCGAACCAGUGUCCUUCCGGAACACAAGGAUCCCCCGCCAGAAGUUGCGAGAAGCUUCCUGGGCUGCGCCAGUUUUAAAGUUGGGGAGCUGCUGAAGUCCAAGGAGCAACUGCUGUCCCUGAGCCUGAGAACCUCAGAUGGUGGCAAAGUGGUCGGCACCAUAGAAGUCAGCCUCAUGAGAAUGGGGGAGAUUGAGGAUGGGGACACCGACCACAUCACAACAGAUGUGCCGGGACAAAAGUGUGCCCUAGUGUAUGAAUCCACAGCACCAGAAAGUCUGAGCGGAAAGGAAAACUUACCUUUUCUGAAUGCAGUGUUAAGGAAUCCUGUAUAUAAACUAUAUAGGUUCCCCACAUCUGACAAUAAGUGGAUGCGAAUCCGUGAGCAGAUGUCAGAAAGCAUCCUUUCUUUUCAUAUUCCUAAGGAAUUGAUUUCCCUUCACAUAAAAGAAGACUUAUGUAGAAAUCAGGAGUUAAAAGAACUUGGUGACCUUUCCCCACACUGGGACAACCUACGGAAAAAUGUCCUUUCUCACUGUGAUCAAAUGGUGACUAUGUACCAAGACAUUCUGACAGAACUUUCCAAGGAAACGGGGUCCUCUUUCAAAUCCAGCAGCAGCAAAGGAGAGAAAACACUAGAAUUUGUUCCAGUAAAUCUACACUUGCAACGGAUGCAGGUCCACAGCCCUCAUCUGAAAGAUGCUCUCUAUGAUGUCAUCACUGUGGGGGCCCCAGCUGCCCAUUUUCAGGGAUUCAAGAAUGGUGGUCUUCGAAAACUACUCCAUAGAUUUGAGACAGAGAGAAGGAACACUGGCUACCAGUUUAUUUACUAUUCACCUGAGAACACAACAAAGGCGAAGGAAGUUCUCAGCAGCAUCAAUCAGCUGCAGCCUCUCAUAGCAACUCAUGCAGACCUGCUGCUGACCUCCGCCAGCCAGCGCUCUCCAGACAGCCUGAAGAGUUCUUUAAAGCUGCUUUCAGAAAAAACUGAGCUUUUUGUACAUGCCUUCAAGGAUCAGCUGGUCAGGAGUGCUCUUUUAGCUCUCUACACUGCAAGGCCAGGAGGCAUCCUUAAGAAGUCACCCUCUCCUAAGGUCAGCACAGAGAAGAAAACUACUGAGGAUGAUACCCCGCAACUUAGAAGACAAGACUCCAUACCACAUCAUUCUGACUAUGAUGAGGAAGAGUGGGAUAGGGUAUGGGCCAAUGUGGGGAAGAGCCUGAACUGCAUUAUCGCUAAAGUAGACAAACUGAUUGAGAGAGACAGUCACAACGAAGAAGGUGCUGGAGGUGGCAGUAGCAAGGAUGGAGACACAGACCCUACCCAGGAAGAUUCCAUCACAUCUCACCCAAGGGAGGACUGGUAUGAACAGCUGCAUCCACUCAUCCUUACCUUGAAGGAGUGUAUGGGAGAAGUGGUGAGCCGAGCAAAGCAGUCCCUGACAUUUGUACUGCUUCAAGAACUAGCCUACAGUCUGCCUCAGUGUUUGAUGCUGACUCUGAGAAGAGACAUCGUCUUCAGUCAGGCGCUUUCUGGAUUGGUUUGUGGUUUUAUCAUCAAAUUACAUACCAGUUUGCAUGACCCUGGCUUCCUACAGCAGCUUCACACAGUGGGCUUGAUAGCACAGUACGAAGGGCUGCUAAGUACUUACAGUGAUGAAAUCGGAAUGUUGGAGGACAUGGCUGUCGGCAUUUCAGAUUUGAGGAAGGUUGCAUUUAAAAUAACUGAAGCCACGUCCAACGAUGUCCUCCCUGUUCUCACAGGAAGGCGUGAACACUAUGUGGUGGAGGUCAAGCUUCCAGCUACAGUAUUUGAGUCACUCCCUCUGCAGAUUAAAGAAGGCCAGUUGCUUCACGUGUAUCCCGUUCUGUUUAAUGUUGGAAUCAAUGAGCAGCAGACUCUGGCUGAGAGGUUUGGUGAUGUUUCUUUGCAAGAAAGUAUUAAUCAAGAAAAUUUUGAACUUGUACAAGAAUAUUAUUCAAUAUUUAUGGAAAAGAUGCCUCCUGAUUAUAUUUCACGUUUUCAAGAACAAAAUGAUUUAAAAGGACUGUUGGACAAUCUCCACCAAAAUAUUCAAGCCAAAAAAAGGAAGAAUGUAGAGAUCAUGUGGCUGGCAGCAACGAUUUGCCGCAAACUCAAUGGCAUUCGUUUUACCUGCUGUAAAAGUGCCAAAGACAGGACAUCAAUGUCGGUGACGCUGGAACAGUGCUCCAUCCUGAGAGACGAGCAUCAACUGCACAAAGACUUUUUCAUCCGAGCAUUAGAUUGCAUGAGAAGAGAAGGAUGCCGCAUAGAGAAUGUCCUGAAGAAUGUCAAAUGCAGGAGGUAUGCUUUCAACAUGAUACAGCUCCUGGCUUUCCCCAAGUGCUACCGACCUCCAGAAGGCACUUACGGAAAAGCUGACACCUAAGUGUACCAACACGGAGACAAACAGGAACACAAAUACAUUGAGCUUUGAAGACCUCCACCUCUGUCACUUUUAUUUUUUACUGUUAUGAGUUUGUGGGGUGAGAUGUUCAUGGGUGUUGCUCACAUCAAGACCAAUACAUUACUCAGAAAGUGACCCAGAUCUGAAGCCUUACCAGCACUCCUGUGUCCAGUCUAUCUGUUCUCCUUUGUGUUAACACACCUCACUGGUUGAGGUCAGUUGAGAAAGUGUAAUUCCAUUUGUAGGGUAUUUAAAUAAAAUAUAUCCUGAGGAAACAAGUUUUCUCCCAUGGUGCCAGAGGUGACUCGGAGAAUGCCACACUCCAACUAAGCAAGUAAAGGCUGUGGGUUCAUGUGAUGCUACUUUAGUGUCUUGACUGCAGACAACCUCAUAGCUCAGACUGCUGGCUUUUAUAAAAUAGGUGUAUAGUAAAUGAAAUUAGGUGAUGGUCAACCAUGCCCUUGAUUACUGACAUGGUUUGCAGAUAUGUUUAUACAAAUCUUCGUCAUUUAGUUCAUGUGUGAUUCCAGUUUCUAAGCUGGUAGAUAAAAGUGUGAUCCAAGUCAUGAGCUACAACACAAAACUAUGUCUCUUCAUACAACUCUGAUGCGGGUUGUGUAAACACAGCAAUGUAGAGCCUUUAAUGCUGAAAUGGGAAAACACUUUAAGGUACUAAAGUUGCAAAGAAAUUUAAAGUUAGUGCCUGCUGAUGACCCAGAUAACAAUCUCCAGCAGCUUGAAAUUCAUUUAGAAAAAAAGGAGAGAAAGACAGAAAGAGAGAGAGAGAGAGAGAUAGCUAUGAGAUGUUCCCUGGGAGUCCUCUUAAGUGUAUGAGUUUGCAGUCUGUCAUAGGUCAAUAUAUACGAAGUGGAAAACCCUAAAUCAUGUGUGCAGCCAUAAACAGUAAUAAACACAAUACCUGUCAGGUAAUCUGGAUAUCAUUUUUGACCUUACAGUAAAAUUACACAAAUUUAAAAUGAUUACUAUUCCAAGUUAGUCAUUUCCUUGGAGAUCACGUUACAUAAGACCACCCUGCCAAGGAAGCAGUGACCGCAGAACAGCAGUCUCAACCACCCUUACCAUCUCGCUCUUUAAACAUCCUAACCUACAGCUUCCUUCUUCUCCAGAUUGCUACAAUUUUUAUGUAUGAAAAUUGACAGAGGAGAACCAAAUAGAAAUUAGAAUUUAUCACUGAAUUAUCAUUCAGAAUAUGGUGAUAUGAAAAAAGUUGUAUUCUUCCCUUUCUCAAAACACACAUUGCCUCAGAGCAUGCUAGAGGUUUCUUACACUGAAACCUUUCUGCUGUGACUUCACUCAUGGGGCCAUACUGUGUAUCUUCAUGGGUAACAUGAUAGCCAUUUGCCUAAAAUGCUCUGUCCCUUUAAAGGGGUUUCAAGUAGACUUCUAGUCCAAUGUUGAGUUUUCCAAGAGACUGAAAACAGAUGAUAACCCUUGGAGGCUUCUCAUAAUGGAAAUAUCCAUUCCCUUUUAAAGCUAAUGACCUAUGGUGGUUACCAAACUAUUUAUAGCCUUCAAAAAGAAAAAAAAUUUCAUUCAUAUAUAAAAACUUAUCUUAGUGUUCUCAGACCUAUUCUCCAUUUUAGUAAUUUAUUAUAAUGUUUCUAAUUAUUCUUUUUUUAUCAAGGUAUUAGGAUUUGUGGUUAUUUUUGUCACUGUACUGAGUUUAAGAUAGAAAAAGUUGUGAUCUAUGAGGUUUUGUGUCUAUCCCUCAGCUUUUCUUAGUAUCUCAAGUAGUGAUAUGCAGCCCAGGACACCUUCUAUAAUUUUUAGGUCAUAAAUAUUUUAUAAACAACAGUUCAUGCUUAUGUAUUGUCUUAUAAAUUAAGCAUCUUAAUUCAAAUAUGGUAAAUAAUUAUUAACCAGAAGGAAAAUAUCAGGGUUUUCCAGUUUUGCCUGACAUUUCAUAGGAUCUUCUUUUUGUCAAUAAAUGCUUAUGUAGAAAUAUCUAAGGUCACCCUCUAUAAUGCACAAAAAUAAAGUUUUAUUCAUUGACAGCAGCACCACUUCCUAUGGAAAUCAUAUGUCUGUACAUCCUUUCCACAGAGGAUUUUAACAAGAAAAUUCCCAUUUCCUAAGUGUGACUGCUCUUCUCUAAAUGCACUCAGGCAACAACGCCCUGACACAUCAUAAUCAGGACCUUCAGAACCAAACAGUAAAUGAAACCUUCUAAAAAUCUCCCUCGUAUAAACACUGCUACGGUCGGUCGUAUAGCUCUGUCAGCUGCCUUCACACUGUCUCAAUCAUGCGUUCAUUUAAGAACUAUACCAGCAGCCAUAUCUGGGAGAUCGUGUACACUCAAACAAUUUAUCAAGAAAAUGACAUAUCCAAACCAUGAAGUGUUUUGUUUUCUCAAAAAAUAUUUUUUCCUUCUUACCAAAUGCAGCUAUCAAUUCUGGUUUAACCAUGUACAGAGCCAUCAGAAAAACAUAUUAAAAGCACAAAAAGGGGGCACACCCAUGAUUAUUAUCCAAAGGUCUAGAGUGUGCAUGUAUCCUCUGGACAACUAAAUGUACAUUUAAGACAUCUGAUGGAAGAAGAGGUACAUUUGAGUGCAGCAGCUCACUGAAUUUCCACCUCUGCCUUCCUUCCUCAACAUCGCCUUGUGCUUUACCACACACUGCUUAAAACAUCUUCUAAAUGCUAACAUUUUGGUCAACCUGGUAUUCUAGUAGGGCCACAAUAACUAUAUGGUGUAGCUAAUGAAUUCUUUAAAACUACUUACUCUUCAGUCAUCCAGUGCUCUCUAUGGCCACUAGGCACUCAUGAUACUAUUGCUUCUAACCAACAGUAAAGCCUUAGAGCCAGCACAGACUGGGUGAUACAGCCCCUUCCCCUUCUGUUUGUCAUACAUUAAGUGAUUUUUAUAAAAUAGGACUCAGAAUGGUAAAAGGGGAAAAUGUGAUAUGUUUUUCUAAUCAGAUCCCCUCCCUCUGUAAAGACGCUGUGCCAAGAGGCUUUCUCCCAGGUGUCCCCUGAGGUGGCUGAUUCAUGAGAAGUUGUCAUUGAGUUUUCUGGAAUUGUGCAAAAACUGGCUGCUACACAUGACCGUGAUUAGCUUUGUUAUGAAAUGAAUUCGUUAAAAGUAAAGAUAAAACCAAAUCUUAGAACUUCCUGGCUUUUUAAAACCAGAUUUUGCUAUCUAUUACAUUUCUAAAGGUAAAAUGCAGCUCUGGUGGUUCCGAAUUGUUUAAAUGCCAUAUUGAGAAUGUGCCACUGUGAACCACUGGCCUCCACAUUCAGCAACACAGUGUUGGUAUCUUGAAAUCACCCACCAUGGGAAUAUUCAAACCACAGAAAUUGCCAGAUGUUAUAAACUAGGAUAUUUAUGUUCUGGAACACCAGUUGUUCAGCAUUUGCCAGCCGGUGCAUGGCUCCGUGCCACUAGAGAUGAUUUUUUUUCUCCAGAAAAUAACAAAUUA